AUGCACCUUCUCCAUGGGUGGUCAUUUCUCAUUUUCUUUCUUCUUUACCCCCUAUUCUCUUUCCCUUUUCAAAACACCGUUCAAUUUUCCGUUGUUGUCGGUUGUGUGUGGUUGCACUUUGCAUUUUUAUGA